AAAACAAACCUGUGGAAGUGUUUAUGUACACACUGAGUUAGACUGUGAGAGUUAACAGCUUACUAAAAUUAACUGUAGCGCCUUCUCCGUAAUAAUACGAAUGAAAUUAAAUCAAAUGCAUAUAACUACAUGUUGUGUCUUAUAUCGCCGUCUGCCGUUGUGGCGGAUGAAGGCAUAGACUUUACUGCCGGUUUGUCGGUUAUCAGUAAGUCCCUGCUGUGUCUUUGCUCGGUCUGUCCGGUUUUUGUCUCAGUCUUUAAUCUCCGGCGUCACUGUGACACAGCAGCAACAAACACGGUGGCCAUUAGAUCACGGUUCGUAUUCAGCUGUGGAGAUUAUCGCUGUCUGCUUUUAACCGAGUGGUUUAUCUGGAAGCAGAGCUCUUUCAGCCGGCGAACCUCAAGACUUUAGUCAUCAGAGCUACAGUUUGUUAACGCUAGCUGACUCGUCAUUCAGCUUGGAGGUAGCUAACUUGGUAGCUCGCUAGUUUAUCCUCUGAGUUCUGAUAAUAGUCGUAGUCAGUGAUGGACAAUCAGGCCUCAACAUACAGUGUGAAGCUGUACAUUUAUGACUUGUCAAAAGGACUGGCCCGGCAGCUGAGUCCCAUGAUGUUGGGAAAACAACUGGAAGGAAUAUGGCACACAGCAAUAGUGGUGCAUGGAUCUGAGUUCUUCUAUGGGGUACAAGGCAUAGCAAGCUGCCCACCAGGUGGUACAUUGCUGGGAGAGCCCAACGCCAUAGUGGAUUUAGGAAAUACAGAAGUGAAUCUAGACCUUUUCACAGAGUACCUCUCAUCUCUAGGAGAGUCCACAUAUAGAGCAGACAGUUAUCAGCUUUUUGAACACAAUUGUAACAGCUUCAGCAACGAGGUGGCCCAGUUUUUAACAGGAAGAAAAAUUCCUUCAUACAUUACUGACCUGCCAUCUGAGGUGCUUUCCACGCCAUUUGGACAAGCACUGCGUCCUCUUAUUGAUUCCAUCAAUAUAUAUCCACCUGGAAACAAUGCAAUGAAUGGGUACUAUGGACAGAGGUAGACUUUGCAGGAGAAUAUCUCUGUAACUCUUUGAUUUUAUUGAGUACAAACAUGGUUUAUGACACCAUGCUGAAACAUGAAAUAUUUCUGUCCUUCCACUCAUCCAACCAUAUACGUUUAUAUGAUUGACUGCCUCUCUAUGAUUCUCUUAAUUUUUUCCUUGUAAUUGUUUUGUUAGUUUGAAUAUUCUGUUAAAAAGCAUAUAUAGAGCUGAUGUCCAGAAUUUGCUGGACUCAUUGCAGUAUUUAUGUUUAAAACUAGAGUAGUUCUGAAAGUUUGCAGGAUGUGACACAUGCACAUUGCUACUGUAUUCAUACUGAUACCAAAUAUCGAAAGAUGGGGAAAUGAGAAUGAAUAUCAUCCUGGGUAAUUGGGAAAGCACAGAAUAUCAAGUGUUAUAAGUGCACUUCUCUCCCCAUUCAUAUUUCCUCCUGUUCUUCAUUGCCAUAUGACAUCUGUGUUGGGCUCACCUGCAUUUGCCAUGUAAAUUUUGAAAGGGCUCAUGCUUUUGUAACCUAUUUUUAAUCUUGAGAGUCUACUGUCCAAAUACUCUGCUUUAGUAGUCAGGUGGAUAUUAAAUAUUAAAAUAUAGACAAAUACCAGCUCUCUUUAAAUGUUUCAGAAGAAGGAGGGUGAGCUUGAAUUGCAGGUGGAUUUAUUUAGUACUUGAGGGUAGCAAUAAAAAAAAAAUGUCAGCAAUAAAGAACACAAAUAUUCAAACAAUUGGAAUUGCAGAUUAUUCUAUAGUAAUUUGCUUACAGUGAUGUAGUUACAAAUGAGAAAUAUAAAACACCAAAAGGUAUUUUAUUCUUCAAUAUAUUUUGGAAAUGACAUGAUGUUAUUAACAGAGAUAUACAAUGUGUAUAAUUAUACACUACUGUGCAAACAUUUUAUGCACCUAAGAACUCAAUAUUAUAAGGCGUUUUUGGCUGUAAGAGUUUAUUUGUUUGGUUUUACAUAUGUCAGUGUGUGCAACUCCAAACAACUCCUCAAGAAAGCCCAGUAUUAUUUGUAGUUACCACCUAAUACCUGGUUUAGCUAAUCAGAGGGCAGCCAGGAGAAUUCUAGAACCAUAUACUUUUCUUCAAAUUAGCUCACACUCAUACCAACAAGAUAUUCUUGCUACAUUUAACUUAUUUGUGCAUUUGGACUUAUUCUCUUGUAAUGACAUACAGUGUUCGUAUGGUAUAGAAUUGUCAAGGUAAAAGGUUUUAAACAAUGUGCUUAGGUGUCUUUUGCACAGUACUAUAUGUGUUUAUGUAUAUUUAUUAAUUUAAUAGUUUCAUGUCAUAUAAUCCUCCUUAAGCAUUGCAACACAAGCCAUUCUGGAUUUUAAUUACAUUACAGCAAGCAAAGCAACAUAUUAGUAUGAUUUGGUAUAUCACUGCUAUUGGAACAAGACCUUGUAUCUUCAUGUUUGUCGUUUUUCAGUUUUUGACCUAAUUUGGAAAGACCUGUUGCCCUUUACAUUGUGUGUACAUUUCAUAAUCAUUGGACCAAAGAAAAUGGCCCAAAAUUACUUGGACAAAAAGUCUGGUUCCAUUGACUUGCAUUAAGAGUAAAGUAAGUUCUUUCCUUCUCCCAUAAAGUUACUGUUUUGUACAUACGAGGUUUUGUUCUGAGAGCAGCGAUAUAUGAUGACAGGUUUUAUGUUAUGGAAAAGGUUGACUCUGAACGUUUGAGCAGUGGUGUAUUUCAUGGUAACAGUUCUUUUAAACACAGAACCUUUUUGUAGCUUGAUUUUUGUUUCCAUAUUCUUACUCAUACAUCUAUUUAUGUUUAUUAAUGACGUUAUUGAAUUCGUUCCUCAUAAUUUUGAAGGUUUUAGUCAUUUACACUGCUGAAUCUUUGGCUGAAUAUAUACCUCUUUUUUGUGUAUAACUGUAUUUACUGAUUAACAGGAAUUUGUAUUUUUGGCUUAAGGUCACUUUGUCUGUUUAUUUGAUUAUAUUUAUAGAUAAUUUUUAAAAAUAAGAGAGGGUGAAGGUGGAGAAAUUUAAUACCUUGUAAAAAGCUCUGAUGGUUUGUUAAACCUGUGUAAUGAUGUAAACGGCCACUGAGUGGCAGAAGCCACACAGGUUUUGGAUGUGAAUCUUGCAGCUGAUGGAAUUUUAAACUGGACCUGACAAAAUAUUUAAAACUAUUUUGAUUCUAAAUGUGUUCUUACUGAUUCACUUUUUCACUUUUGUGUUGCACUUAUAACUUAAUAUGUUAUAAUAAACAUAUGUUGCUCUUUA